AUGACUGCACAUACACCUCAGAGUCUGUUGAGUCAUCAUGAGCACACCAGCUCAGGAUUAUGGGAAAGCUUUGCAAAAUUAGCAUACCAUGAACGCGAACACAUUUUAUUUAAGAUGCAACUCUACUAUCCAACCUUUUUUAACGUUCUUGGGCUCCUGCAAGUGGCUGCCAUGCGAGAUUAUCCAAACGAGUUGCGAGGUCGAAUCAUAGCAGCCCGCAGCAACGCGCUUCCCCUAACUCCAGCAUUGUAUCAAGAGCUUCUUCAGCUGGAGGAGCGGCUCCCGAUCGAGCCAUACGCAGGCGUUAUUGGCCAGCCGAAGCCUCCUGCCGCACCCUCAAAACCAGAUGGAGCAACCUCGUCUGCAGUUCAGGAAACCGAGUCCCAACAAACGAACGGCGGCAUGCAGUUUACAAAUAAACCUUACAUGUACACCCUUGUUGCAUUCUGUGUGGCAUUCGGCGUGGGCUACCUCUAUCUUCCGGUGAUUCCUGCACCAGAUGGUCUCGCCACAGCCACUGCAGCUGCCUGCUGGUUCUUCAUGCAAGUUGCACGCAGCGAGGUAGGCGCGCUUCAGAAACGUGACUCGCCCGUUGUCAUCACUGCUGCAUGCUUCUUUCAGGCCAAAGAUCUACCGCCGCGAGUCAAUAGGAACUUUAUUUCGUCAUGCGUCUGCGCCGGACUAGGCAUUUCACAGUUAGUCUACCCGUGCGCUUUGCAAGGAUUUGUUCUAAAUACGCCGUUCGAACCUGUCGGAUUCUUCGAUAUUCCCGGUACCGCACACUCAGACGCGUGA